AUAUAUAAAAAAAAAAUCAUGCAUUUAUGCUUUUAUGGGAAAUACAUAUAUAUAAGUGGCGACCCGAGAUCAUCGUAUUUUCCUCUGAGGAUUCGUCAAAACACGCCUCUGUCAACAAUCGUCCUCCGCUUCGCUUUCUUCUUCCGAUCCUCCCAAGAUUGAUAACUGGAUCUUAAUGAAUUCAACAACCACUGUGGUAUCUGUCGUUUCCUGUAAAUCGGGAAACCAGAACGACUUCUUUUGCUGGAUUUUGGUCUGCUUACUGUCAAAGUUCUUCAAGACUCCAACUGUAUACGAGAACUUCCUUUUGAUUAAGGACAUUGAUAAGACUCCUUUGGCUGUAUGCAACUUGGAGUCCUUUGAAGAGCUUCAUCCAUAGGAGCAAUUGAUAUUUGGCCAUCUGCAACCCACGUCAUUAUUUCCUCUCUGCAUCCCUGGUUGAUACUUGGCAGCAUGGUUUCCUCUCAGUUACCUGCUCUUACCAAAACUGACAUUUCCAAAUCAUUCCAAAGUCAGCUAUUUUUCCCAGUUAACAUUCCUGAUGUCGUUCCCUCAGAUAAUGUUGAGUUAGACUUCUCUGAUGUGUUUGGUCCUUUACCAGGUCAGGCCUCAAUUGAAAUUGGUAAUGGGGAGCCUGAAAAUUCAGUGCCUACGGCAGAUGUGACUGAUCUUAUCUAUGAUGACCCUGUGGUCAUUUACAACCGAUCACAUUCUUUGGUUGGCCCCUCUACUUGUGUCAGUCAAUCUUUGAAACUGAGCAUGCUUACCAUUCAUGAGACAGAAGACGGAAUGGAAUUUGUGGAGAGCAUCAGUCAUGAGACAGUCAAAGAAGUUCAGGAGCUUUUGGUUAAUGAUUGUAUUGUUAAGGAAUCUCUGGAAUGUGCUGCUGAUAAUUCCAUUAAGGUCCAGGGUGUAGGCCUUGAAGAUUUUGAGUUUAUGAAGGUUGUUGGUCAGGGUGCAUUUGGAAAAGUAUUUCAGGUGAGGAAGAGGGGCACAUCAGAAAUAUAUGCAAUGAAGGUUAUGAGGAAGGAUAAGAUAAUGGAGAAGAAUCAUGCUGAAUACAUGAAAGCGGAGAGGGAUAUUUUGACCAAGAUACAACAUCCCUUUGUUGUCCAGCUAAGAUACUCAUUCCAAACCAAAUAUAGACUUUAUCUUGUGCUGGAUUUUGUGAAUGGAGGACACCUAUUUUUUCAGCUCUUCCACCAAGGACUUUUCAGAGAGGAUCUGGCACGUAUAUAUGCGGCAGAGAUUGUUUCGGCAGUGUGUCACCUUCAUUCUAAUGGCAUAAUGCAUAGGGAUCUUAAACCUGAAAAUAUCCUACUGGAUGCAGAUGGCCACGCCAUGUUGACUGACUUUGGCUUGGCGAAGCAAUUUGAUGAGAAUACAAGAUCAAACUCUUUGUGUGGAACUGUAGAAUAUAUGUCACCUGAAAUUGUUCUUGGGAAGGGCCAUGAUAAGGCUGCAGACUGGUGGAGCAUUGGAAUCUUAUUGUUUGAGAUGCUCACAGGGAAGCCUCCAUUUAUUGGUGGGAACCGUGAGAAAGUUCAACAAAAAAUAAUAAAGGAUAAAAUCAAGCUGCCAGCAUUUUUGUCAAGUGAUGCACAUUCUCUAUUGAAAGGGCUUCUACAAAAAGACCCGAGCAAGCGCUUAGGCAGUGGACCCAAGGGGAGCAAAGAAGUAAAGCGCCAUAAAUGGUUCAAGCCAAUCAACUGGAAGAAAUUGGAUGCUAGGGAGAUCCAGCCAAGUUUCCGCCCUGAAGUUGCUGGACAACACUGCAUUGCCAACUUUGAUAAGCGUUGGACUGACUUGCCACUUCAGGAUUCUCCGGUAUCCAGUCCAACCGCCAAUGGCAACCUCUUCCAGGGCUUUACUUAUGUGAGGCCUGCAGCUUCCUUUCUUCAGAGGAACAGUUCGGCGUGCUAGUAUGGCUUCUAUGAGCUGCACUUUCUAGGAGGCAUUGCUUUUCCUUUUUUUAGUGCCAUGUGAUGGUUUAUUUAGGAUCCCCAUGUUGGGUAUAAUAUUAAACUUUUCUUAGGAAGUGUUACCAGAGAAGGUAAACUGUGUGUUUGGCCAACAACCAUUCUCUGAUGUAUUAAUCUUAUUAUCAAAAUACUUUUUGUUUUUUCAAACAAAAUUUCAAUAUUUGACUUGAUGACAAGGUUUGCUUUUGCAAAUUUGUAAGUUUGAAUCUUGGGUUUGUGUUGAAAUUUGUGAAAGAAAGGAAAAGGUAAGAGACAACCCAAAAUUCUUUGGGAAGCAAUUGAA